GAUAUAAACGAAAGUUGGGAAAGAUAGUAUCGUAAGUUUUCCUGCUGCUGUUGUAGUUUAUAUUCACAGGAAAAAUAACAUGGCAUCUAAACUGAACAUAUCGUGUGGUUCAUGUGGAUAUGAGGACAUAUCGAAAAAUGCAAAGAAAUGGUGCACCAUAUGUGAGGAGGGAUUCUGUGGAGAAUGUGAAAAGUACCACAAAUCUAUGAAAGUUUUGAGUGAUCACGAGAUGAUUUCUAUAGAGGAUUAUCGUCAAAUUAAAAAUAUUUCUGUAAAUCUUAACUGUGAGAUUCAUGGUAAAAAGCUCGAUCUGUACUGCAAGAAGCACGAUGCCGCGAUUUGCGUAUUUUGUCUUGUCUGUAUUCCUUCAGAACAUAAAUCCUGUUCCUCUUCUGACGUCAUCUCCAUUGAUGACGCAUCAAAAAACGCUAAACAAUCAAGUGCACUCUUAUACUUAGAAGGAACUAUCUUAACGACAGUAGACAACGUGAAGCACUGUAUCAAAGACCGAGAAAUGGCUUUGACAAAUGUGGACCAAGAUGAACAAACAAUACGUAAAACGAUUACAAACACACGAAAGAAUCUAAAUGAAUGUUUGGAUAAUCUUGAGAGAAAACUGCUUGUAGAUUUGCAAUCUAAACAUGGAAACUGUAAAUCUAAAAUCAUUAAAAUUCUUAAUCAAUUGAGGCAAAUGGAGAAAGAGGUAGAAAUACUGAAAGAGCAGACGAUUCAAAUGAAAAGUUUUGCAUCUGACCUGCAAGUAUUUCUAGGAACGCGACAAUUAAACAAAACAAUUAGUGAAACGAUUGGAUCACUCAAAGAAGAGAUUAGAGAUUAUACGAAUGACAACAUGGAGAUAGAGAUGAAUCGCGUGAUCAGUUCCUUAGUGAAUGAGAUAAAACAGUUUGGAGAAAUUAGAGUUAUUGAAACUAUGGCCAUAUAUCUACAAUUAAAAGAUGCAAAGAUCGACCAGGCUCAGAUACAGAUACAUGGAUUUUCGCGAAGUAUUCAAAAUGUCAAUCUGAAGCUGAAACAGAAGUUUGAUAUCAAAGGAUCAAUCCAGGCUAUCACUGGCUGUAUUGUAUUACCAGACGACCGAAUCAUAAUUGCAGACUAUUAUGGAAGUGGUAAAUUAAUGGAAUACAAUAACAAUGGUCAACACAUACGUGACAUUCCUGUCUCUAAUGAACCGUUUAGUCUUACAUUAGUGGAUACUGACUGUAUUGCUGUUACAUAUGGACUAUCUGAAUACCUGGAGAUUAUAAACACUAAGAAUACUAGUGAUCGGAAGAGGGUGAAUUGCAGUAGUUACUGCUUAGGAAUAUCUUACCAGGACCAGAAGCUGUAUGUUCUUGUAAAGCAACAAGGCAUAGUAGUGAUGGACUUGAAUGGGACGACAUUAAAUACAAUCGAUAUCGAUGUUUACAAUGUUGUUAAUAUAACAACGACCAUUGACAGGAUAUACUACACAAACUACAACAGUAAUACAGUACAAUGUUGUAGUAUGACUGGACAAGAAAUAUGGGUAUUCAGUGAUCGGUCUAUUUCCAACCCGAGAGGAUUAUCAGUGGAUAGUAAUCAGAACGUAUUUGUUGUUGGUCAAACCUCUAACAACCUGACCGUUAUACAACAUGACGGGAAAGAUUGUACAGUCUUACUUACUGAUCGGGAUGGACUUAAAGCUGCUUAUGCAGUGAAUUACAACAGACAAAAGAAGAUUAUAUGUGUAGGCUACAAGGCAGGAAGUGUUGCAUUGUACCAAGUGUCGUGA